AUGCCUUCUCACGUUUACGACGUUAUUGUAGUAGGCGGCGGCGCGAUCGGGCUUGGAGCUGCAUAUGAGGUAGCCAAAGCAGGCAAAUCUAUUCUGGUACUCGAGCAGAGCUGUCUCUUUAACGCUAGUGGAAGCUCCAAUGACCUAGCCAGAAUGUAUCGCACCAUGACAUAUAGGUAUACUGAACCGUUCAUGGCGGAGCUUGCUUACAAGUCCAUGGGCAUUUGGAACGAGCUAGAAAUGGACGCUGGUACAUCUCUGCGCGUAAUGUCAGGGCUCCUGAAUUUCGGAGACACUACAAUGGGAACAGACACCCCAGAAGGAACACUCAUGGGACCUAUAGCUAAUCUGGAGAAGCUGGGUAUGCCGUUCCGCAGGAUGACGAAACAAGAAAUGGAAAACGAGUACCCAUUCAAGAAACUCCCAGAAGCGUGGGAAGGCAUCUUCGCUCCAGAUAAUGGCGUGAUCAAUGUCCCACUCCUGGUUCGAACUCUAGCACGGCUGGCCAAAGACUAUGGCGCUCACACUCAGCAAUAUACCGAAGUCAAAAAGCUCGUCCCUGUUAAGGAGAACGGCGAAGACACGUGGAGGGUCGAAACCCGUGUCAACGGCGACGAGGCUGUUUUAUUCAGGGCUCGAAAGAUUAUUAUAGCGGCGGGUGCAUAUACAAAUCACAUCGUGCAGCCUAGUUUCAAUUUCAAGCUGAAGCUCAAUAUCUGGGAGAUGGUGGCAUCGUAUUUUUCGGUCAAUGCUGGUCCUAGUGGAACGCUUUUUCCAAGUAUGUGGUUCCAGUUCGCGAACGACAAGCAUGGCAGGUCACGGCUGUUCUACGGGUUUCCAACAGUCGAAUGGGGUCCUCCCAACGUGUGUCGAAUCGCGGUAGAUGCGGCAACAAGACAGAUUACAGACCCCAAUCUACGAUGCGGUAGCGUCGUGAACCCCGAGGAUAUACACGAUACACAGCAAUUCAUCAAAGAGCACCUGGUGGGAGUAGAUCACAUGACGCCUGCGUACACCUUAUCGUGUCUGCAGACGAAUACGUUCGACAACAUGUUCGUAUUAGACUAUAUUCCGGAACAGUAUCUCCAAGGCGGUGCAAGAGAUAGUGUGGCAGUGUUCACCGCCGGCUGGGCUAUGAAGUUCGUGCCGCUGAUCGGGCGAGCCCUGAAGGACAUGGUGCUGAAUGGACACUCUGAGUAUGCGUUGGACGAGUUCAAGAUCGAUCGUCUGGAUCCCAAGAGCAAAGGAAAAUAUGGCAAACCCCAAGCGGGCAUCAUUGACGAAGUGGAUGCCGAUUUUGCCAAUAGCUGGGAGCAUCUCUAG